AUGAACUCCGUUACUUUCUUCUUCUCAUCGUUCAAAAUGGCUGACACAAAGGCUGUCAAGGAGAAGCCCUCCACUCAGCAAUUCGAAGAUGCCAUUGAGAAGUCCCCAUACAGCGCAGAGAGCAAGAUGAAUGGAAUAUCUGCAGAUGCGGAAGGGCGCAGUCUGGGUCCGCCAUCCUUUGAAGGCGUAGACGAAGCUGCAGUGCUCAGGAAAAUGGACAUUCGUUUGAUUCCCAUGCUCAGUAUGCUUUAUCUACUGGCAUUCUUGGACCGAGGCAAUAUCGGAAAUGCGAAAAUUGAGGGGCUUGUGGAUGACCUGCAUAUGACAGGGCCACAAUACAAUUGGACUUGUAAGAUACUUUGCGUCAUGCUACUCAGCAGCCCUGAAAUCUUGACCGUUUUCUUUUUCACCUACUGCGUCUUCGAAUUGCCGAGUAAUCUGCUUCUCAAGAAGCUCAGACCGUCGAGAUGGUUGCCAUUGAUUAUGGUUGCUUGGGGGAUCGUUAUGACAUUGAUGGGAGUCGUUAAAGAUUACGGCGGACUGCUAGCUACACGUCUCUUUUUGGGUGUUGCAGAGGCAGGCUUAUAUCCUGGUGUCGCAUACUACAUCACUUUGUGGUAUCCACGACACCGAGCCCAAUUCAGACAGGCCAUGUUCUUCAGUGCAGCUAGCGUAGCUGGUGCCUUUUCAGGGCUUCUCGCAUACGCCAUUGCCAAAAUGGACGGUGUCGGUGGAUAUGCUGGCUGGAGAUGGAUUUUCAUCCUCGAAGGACUUCUCACUGUUCUUGUAGCUCUCGUGGCUCCAUUCGCGAUCCACGACUCUCCGGAAACCGCUACUUUCUUGACCGAGAAAGAGCGUCAAUUUGUGAUUCAUAGCCUUCGGAUUCAAAAUUCGUCAGACUCGCAUGAAAUGGUUGUUAAGGAUGAUAAAUUUCAAUGGCGUUAUGUCUUUGAUGCUUUUACCGAUUGGCAAAUCUGGCUGGGUUUGUUCAUGUAUUGGGGAAUUACUUGCCCGUUAUAUGGCAUUUCGCUGUUUCUUCCAUCUAUCAUCAAAGAUUUAGGCUACAAGUCAUCGACUGCGCAAUUGCUCACUGCAACAUGGGUUUCAGACAGACGCAAGCAGCGAUCUCCAUUUAUUCUCUUCUUCAUGGGCAUGAUCGCUAUAGGCUUCAUAAUGUGUCUUGCAUCUACUGGUCGUGGUGUUCCAGGCGUGAUGUAUUUUGGCAUUUUCGUGGCGGUAGUUGGUAAGUACACAGACAGGAUUCCAACUUAUCGUUGCGCCGUUGCUCACUCAAACCUAGGCAUCUACCCUGCAUUCCCUGGAAAUGUCACUUGGCUUAGUGUUAACAUGGCCGGUGAUUAUAAGCGUGCUGCUGGAAUGGCCAUCUAUAUUGGAAUUGGUAACUUGGCUGGAGCUAUGUCAUCAAAUUUCUACCGCGCCCAAGAUGCACCGAAUUACAUCCUUGGCCACUCCCUUGAGCUAGCGUUCGUUGUUGUUGGUAUGAUAGCAGCUGUGGUUUUGCGCCUGGCAUAUCAGCGUAUUAACAAGAAGCGUGAUGCCAUGGACCCUUCAGAAUAUCCAUCAGACCCUGACUCGUUGGGUGAUCGCUCUCCACUAUUCAGAUACAUGCUAUAA